AUGGAAUUGGUGCGCUUUAAUUGGAGGAUUCGAGUUACAGAGAAAGCUGCGCGGCCGUUCUGUCCAUUUUGUGUGGUUUUCUGUUAGAUUCCCACCGCCGUCGACGGAAAGUGAAGCCGGAGAUCGAAACCGGCGUCGCCGCCAAGAUGGCUUCCGGGUUUCCUAGUCGAGAUCUUCGGGGAGGGUUUGGGUUUGGGGCCGGAUCCGCUGUUCAUAUGCAGUACCAGCAGCGAUCUGACGGUGGAUCGGUGAUCGGUGCUGCUGGGCUCUUGAAGAGGUCUCUAACGGAGAUGGAGAGGCAGCAGCAGAUGCAACACGCGAUGUACGUAAGGUCUGUGAAGCAGAAGACCCAUUUCACCCCGCCUUCGCCGAUCUCUCAUCUUUCUUCCGUGUAUCUCUCCGCUGCUUCAACAAGCACUACUUCUUCGAUUCUGUCGUCUGUUUCCUCUGCCUCUGCUUCGGCGCCGUUCGUGGAGCAGGGGAAUCCUAAUUCGACCACAUGGUCAUUUCAGGAGACGAUCGCUGAUGCGGAGAUAGAAUCUGAGAAGAAAUCAAGUAUGACGAACAGGCUCUUGGAGUUGGAGAGGCAGCUGCUGGAUGACGAAGAGGACGAGGUAAGCAUCUCUGGCUCUGCGGUGACGAGUAACGAGUGGAACGAAACGAUGGAGAAACUCAUGUCUCCGCCGCCUCCACCUCAGCCGAUGGCCCCUGUAGCAAAUCUGCACCCUCUCUCCCCUUCUCCGACCACCUCAUCUUCCUCAUCUUCAGGUUCUUCUUCCUCCUGCACGCCCUCAUCGGCCACGCCUUCGAGGCAGAUGCUUCUGGACACCGCCACAGCCAUCACAGAAGGGAAUCAGGAAAUCGCAGCGGCGAAUCUAGCGGUUUUGAAGCGGGCAGCGAAUCCCCGUGGCGAUCCGGACCAGCGACUCACGGCGAUGAUGGUCGCUGCCCUCGUCUCCCGAAUGAACCCAAUGCCUCCUGGAAGUUCACUCCCGGUAGCUGAUGUCUGCAGCGCAGAGCACCAGACUGCCUCCCACUUGCUCUACGAAGCCUCUCCCUGCUUCCAACUCGGCUUCAUGGCGGCCAAUCUUUCCAUUCUCGAUGCUACCAAAGACAGCCCCAAAAUCCACGUCCUUGAUUUCGACAUCGGACAGGGCGAUCAGCUUGCUUCCCUCAUUCACGCCAUCUCUGAGCGCUAUGUUCAGCGUUCGCCCACACGACUGCCUCCAUGUGUAAAGAUUACAGCUGUCUCACCUCUUCAGGCCAACGAAACCACCAAUCUGAGAGUUGUUGGCGACCGGCUUGCAAAACUAGCCGAACGACUUGGGGUUGGUCUCCGCUUCAGCAUCGUGAACAGCAGAAUCCAAGAUCUCAACCACACCACCCUGCCCUGCGAGCCAGGUGAAGCCCUCGUUGUAAACUUCGCCUUCUUCCUCUCCCGAAUCGCAGACGAAAGUGUAUCGACGGCGAACCCCCGCGACGAGCUUCUCCGGCGAGUGAAAUCCCUCUCCCCGCGUAUAGUAACCAUGGUAGAGCAGGAGAUGAACAGCAACACAGCCCCCCUCGCCACACGUUUCGCUGAAGCCUGCGCUCAUUUCGGCGCGCUGCUCGAGUCACUCGACGCCACCGCGACCCGAGAAAGCACCGAACGGGCCAGAGUUGAAGCUUGCCUCGCUCGCAAAGCGGCGAACUCCAUUGCUCGUGAGGGCGCCGACCGGAUCGAACGCUGCGAGGUAUACGGCAAAUGGAGAGCUCGGAUGGGAAUGGCUGGUUUUACCCCUGUUCCUCUCUGUUCCACCGUUACCGAAGCUGUCAAGCUUCGUCUCUCCUCUAUACGAAACAAUCCAGGGUUCACACUGAAGGAGGAGGCCGGGUGGCUCGGUUGCGGUUGGGUGGGCCGAGUUCUCACCGUCGCCUCCGCAUGGCGUUAGGCGGAGAUCACUAAUCAGUAAGUAAUCAACUUUGAUUAGAGGACGCAACCUCAAAAUUUAAUCUUUUUUUUUUUUUUCCUUCUCAAUAGAGUGGUAAUUUAAUUAAUUAUCUGAAUGUAGUUUUUUUAUAUUUAUUUGACAUUCAUGGCUGAGAAG